AUGGAGCCAAAGAUUGUUGAUGGCAGACUCAUCCUACGUACGACACAGCGCGCCUUCUUCACCAAGGAUCAAGCCCGCAUAACCACUGUGGAUUUCGUCAGAGACUCGGCAAAUCUGUUCAAGGUCUGCAAGCAUAAGAUGACUCGAUGUCUCGAACUCAAUCUCGCCUCUUUGAUGGAGGAAAGUGAUUCGGAUCUCAAGAAAGACCAGACCUACCGAUCGAAAUUGUUCGUCUGCUCGCGUUGCUCUGUGUUCCAUGAUAUAAGCAUACUUGAGAACGGACUGUUUGAAGAAGCUACAAGAGCCGAUGCGGGUAUGGAGUUUGUGCUACGAACAUGGAUGGAUCUGGGCCAGUGCGAGCACACGUUCUCGCCAUUGUGGCUUUCCGCAGCGGAACACAGCCAUCCAUAUCCUACGACCACAUGCAAGAAAGCAGAAAAGAUCACUCGGCAAGGGUUCGACAAGGUCAUUGGCGACGUCAAAGCCUCGAAAUCGAAGGAGAGCCAUAGUGCCAUCACCCUAUCGGCUAUAGAAGGUGCUCUAGCCAAAACAGCAGAAGAAGGCGAGCAACUCUCACAACAAAACCACGAGCACAUGAAAAUUAUUGCGGAGAACGGCCCAAUUGCUACGGCAUUGGGAUACAGAGUUUCCAGCAAGGUGCAGAACCGACAAAGCCUUCGCGCAGGUGUUGGGGACAGAUCAAGCAGUGUCUUCGAAGCAAGAUACGUCGUCUUCUUCGAAAGCACAAUCGUCAUCGAGCACAAAAGGAGGUUCAAAGUGAGGACUACAUGGAAAGAUACUCGACCUUGGUUUGAUGAGUGA